CGGCGAGCCCGGCGACAGCCUUUUACCUUCUUGGUGUUUCAUUCUUAUUCACUUACAGUUUUUUAUUAUUCCUUUGUCUUUCAUUGCGAAGGAGUAGCGGGGUUUGCGCUAGGUUCAGCGGUCUUCAUGACAUUCCUCUUACUGCAAUGAUGGGAAUUAUGAUAUUGGAUUUCUAGCGAGGAAAGAAAGACACAGAUUAUAGACUGUAUCACGUACAGCAUGGCAUGGCAUGGUAGGACAUUGGGAGGUAUGGCACGGGCUAGUAAAUCUCAUUUUGUCCAUUAUUUUCUCUUCCCAAUUCUUCUCGGGCGCAUAAUGGUGGGAUGUAUUUCCCCGCUCCGGGUAAGAUUGUAUCAUGACCUUACAACGUUUCCUUUUCAUGUACGGCGACGCAAAAGGACAAGGCAUGGGCUUAGAGGAAAAUCAAGAUCUCACGCGGGACGAAAUUUUGCUUGUCAUCUCUGGGCGUUACUGGUAGCAUCAUGCACUCAAUUGAGACUCGGAGCAAUUGGACUUGGGCAAGAUGAAGACUGCUCCCCUCGGGACAAACGGAGUUGGUGAUGAUAGUAAUGCUGUAUAUAUCCCUAAUUCAUUAUGAUCGCACCCCGAUUUGGUCUCAAUUACUCCUGCCAGGUGAAG